UGGCAAGGUGCGUGUGGCCUCCGCCCGGCCUGGAGGAAAAGCUGCCAGCCGCGACACGUACCUCAGCUCCCCUCCCUCGACUAGCAGGGCCUUCGGUUCUCUGGCACCACGACAGGGCCGCGCCCGACAGCCCACGGCGCCUAAGUCGUCGGCUGCGGCGGGAGAGUGAGCCCGUCCCACCUGAGGCCCAGUCAGCUCGAGCCCGUCGCCUCGGUAGAUUAAGAACGUUUCGCGUCCAGAGAUUCGGUCGAAGCACCCCGCGACCCCUCCGCCGCGGCGGACAAGGAGCCCGCGCACCGCCGAGGCGGCUGGAGGAGUCCGAAUUCCGCGGGACCGCCCGGUCCGGAGACUCGGCCGUUGCGUCCCUGAGCCCCGCGCAAGUGCGCUACCGCAGACCCGUCUGGCUGAGAAGAAACCAGAAAAGUCGUAGCUCCGGCGCCCGAGGGCUGGUCGUGGUCUGCUGUCGGAGCCGUAGCGCUUUUCGCUGACGGGCAGCUGCCGCAGCCAAUAGCUGGGCUCGUCGCUCUCUCGCCCCGCCUCCCCCCGCGUCCGUUGACCGCAGCGUGCGAUUCAAGCCAGCCUUUGGUUGAGUGUUGGGCUCCUUCCCGAGAGGCAGGGGGCUUCUCCUGGUCUGGCCGGCCGCGAUCCCCCAAACCCUCUGCCCCUCCUGUGCGUCUCCACAGCCAACCAGACUGGACAUUAACACACCCUCCCUCGCCCUCAGGAGUGGCCGGCUAGGGGCUCCUGCCCUUAGGAUCCCUUGGAAUGACGAGUGUUUGUGGAGUUUGUCCCGAUGAGGAGGGCCCAAGAAGACUUGGGAACUUGUGCGGAAAAUGUCGCUUUAAGUGCCUUAAGGUGUUUUUAGUCCCCUGGGGUAUUGAUUAGUGUCCAUAGUUGGUACUGAUGUUGGUCAGCGGGAAAGGAACGUGAGGACUCAUGACCAGUAUAUCUCAUUUAGUCUUGUUUACUUCAGGAGUUCUCUAUUUCAUCAGGUUUUUUUAUUUUUUUAGUUUUAAUCCUAGGUGAUUCUGAUGCAAACCAUUGACACAGAUAGAAAAUUACGAGCUGUGAUUUUCCAAACUCAUAACCCUCUCUGUGAACUGAUUUUCUAUGAUUCUGUUUUCCUCUUGAGUAUUGGUGGGCACUGGCUGAUGGAACUCCAUUUUCACCCUUCAUCUUUUCAAAGUGCACAUGCUGAUAUUAAAGCUGUCCAGGGUGUCUUAGGGACAUUUGUAUUCACAGGGCCUUUAAAAGCUAGCCAGAGCAGAUCGUUUCAACUGCAGUUCCCUUUUUCAGGGCUGAGGGAGCAUGAGCCAUUUGCAGAACUUGCUGUUAGAUACACUCCUGGGAACAAAGCAUGUAGACGGUGCAGCCCUCAUCAAACUCCAGGAGCAGAGCCUAUGUGUAGCAUCACCUGGAUUUAGUGUAAUGCCCAGUGAUGUCCAAACACUUGUGAAUGGAUUUGCCAAGAACCCUUUGAGAACCAGAAGAGAAGGAUUGUAUUUCAAGGAGAAGGACUACAAAUGUGUCCGGGCAGACGACUAUUCUCUUUAUGCUAAGAGUGAAAACACUGGUGUGGUUGUUGUGAAGACCCAGCUGUAUCUUCUGGUGGCAACUUACACUGAGGGCAUGUAUCCUAGUGUCUGUGUGGAAGCCACAGAGAAAUUGGGAGAAUAUCUAAGAAGAAAAGGAAAUUAAGUCAUCAGAGGACUAUGAAAGACAGCUUUUAUGAUUUUAGAAGAAAACUAUAGAUCCUAAAGAAAAAGUAAUACCUUGUAUUGUGGUUGAAAAAUACUAGGCAGAAGAUACUGAAAAGGAAGAAUGAGUUAAGGAAGCAAUUUUUCUUAUUUCAAGAGAUCCUCUUCUUUAAUUGGAAUUACUUAGUCCACUUUAUUUGUUCCUUUUUUUUUUUUUUUUUUUUUUUUUUUUUUUUUUAGUGUUUGUCAUUGGCAUGAAUAUGAGGCAUUGAUAGUUUCACAGGGCGUAUCUGUUGAGAGACUCCUCCAUGAGUCUCUGUAUUCCCACACAUCUUGUUGGGUAUGCCAAGAAUACAAGGCCCUAACCACUCUUCAUGCAGACCAUUUCAGGGUUAUGUUGCAGGAAGCAACCUUGAAAAAUGAACUGAUGUCUCCCUUCAGAACCAAGAGCAAGCUUGCUUACUGCUCGCUCUGAAAGAGGUAGAUUCCCUGAACUCAGUGUUCCUGUCCUAGAAUGCAGCUCACUGCAUGUGUGGCA